UCCGUACGUAUAAUGCUGCGAGCUGUGCUUUCCUGGGAAGUUGUUUAUUCGAAGCUUAAAUGCUAUCCAGUCAUUGGAAUGCACUCUAUGUGAUUUUUUGACCAGCCUGAUUGAGAAGUCUGAUAUUACUCGCCUAUGAAACACCCAUCCAAGUCUCUACUUGUAUGCUCUUGAAUGUGGAUGUACCGACUUUCCAUGAAUUGCAAAUGAUACCUGCUGAGACCACCACUGUUUGAAUCGCAGUACUUGUAGACCAGCUGAACACACCAUGAUGUCUUCUGUGCGUCACAUCCUUCUGCAGCAUUGGCCCUAGAGUGGAAACACAUUAGACAGAUCCUACCGAUAGUUUGAACCUCAUCAAGAUUGCAUUGGACCUCAGGAAAAGGGAAUAGUACAGGACGGAUCAGAUCGUGUUCUUCAACUCUUGGAAAUAGACAUUACCUAGAUCAAUUGCUUGAGUAGAUCCUGCACUAAGACGAUCACAUCAUCGUAAAGGCCGGAGUUUGGAAAACUAAGGGCUCAUUCCCUGUAUGUAGCAGACUAAAGACUAAAGCAAAAUGAAGCGAUUAAAGAGGCGAUUGUCGCAAUCCUUCCGUAGCAACUCUGUCAUUGAGGACUCUCUUUCUGAGUUGACAGAGAGCAUGAGUAUUGAGGAGAAUGGCACACACUGUACCAAUGGCACCACCAAUGGAACCACCAAUGGAACCACAAACGGUACUACAAAUGGUACAAAAGAAGAGAUCGUGACCCAGAAUCGACUACGCAGCUCCGAUGGAGAGAGCGACCAGACGUCGGGCGCUUCAGACGAGAGUCACACCCCAGUCAGAAGACGUCAUAGACCAGGGAGACUACAUCGGAGAUUCAGUGAGGAUAUCUCCAAGAGGCUAUCCCUGCCCGUUGAUAUGCGUCUUCCUGAACAGUUCAUUGAAAAAUACAGCCUUAGCCCUCCAUUUGAAAAGAUGAGCAGGAGAUCAAGAAGAGCAUCACUGUCAGAAAUAGGUUUCGGCAAGAUGGAGACGUACACCAAGUUGGACAAGCUAGGAGAAGGGACGUAUGCAACAGUAUUCAAAGGGCGGAGUCGUCUGACAGACAACCUAGUGGCUCUCAAGGAGAUCCGAUUGGAACAUGAGGAAGGGGCACCCUGCACUGCAAUAAGGGAAGUAUCACUUCUUAAGGGACUGAAGCACCACAACAUCGUCACACUACACGACAUAGUACACACAGAGAAAGCACUCACACUAGUCUUUGAAUAUUUGGAGAAAGACUUGAAACAGUACAUGGACGAUUGUGGAAGUAUAAUGAACAUGAACAACGUGAAGUUAUUCUUAUUUCAAUUACUAAGAGGACUGGCGUACUGUCACAAACGGCAGGUGUUACACAGAGACCUCAAACCUCAAAACCUCUUGAUCAAUGAGAAAGGGGAACUCAAACUGGCAGACUUUGGUCUUGCCAGAGCUAAAUCAGUACCUAGUAAGACCUUUUCCAAUGAAGUAGUAACCCUAUGGUAUAGACCUCCUGACGUCCUCCUAGGGAGUACCGAGUACUCAACAUCCAUUGACAUGUGGGGAGUUGGAUGUAUAUUCUACGAGAUGUCGGCAGGCCGACCCCUCUUCCCCGGCUCUACCGUAGAGGAUGAACUUCAUCUUAUCUUCAAGUUCCUUGGCACCCCCGAUGAUAAGACAUGGCCCGGCAUCAGCGCUAACGAGGACUUUGUCUCCUAUGGCUUCCCUGGCUACCCAAAGGAGCCUGUAGUGACUCAUGCACCUCGGCUGGACCUGCAGUGCCAGGACCUUCUAGAAGACCUGCUCAAGUAUGAAGGAAAGAACAGGGUGUCAGCUGCCAAGGCAAUGAGACAUCCUUGCUUCAACUGCUUUGGUUCCAAGAUACACACAUUGAGGGAUGUUCAAUCAAUAAUGGACUUACCGGAAUGCCAGCUGUCCAGAGAUCCCGGUAUCCGCUCAUCCGCAGUGCCUAGCACAGAGGAUUCAAGGGGGAGAUCGAAACAGAAUCUUUUUGUAAAUCACAGGCCCCUCUCGUGGGCGACGCCAGAGCAUGCACUUUUAACGUGACAACGGACUUUAAAACCAAUGACUGCGAUGAAGCUUCCAAGUUUGCCGUGACGGAUUUCAUCAUGUAGGAGUGAUACCGGAUGAAUAGGGGCAUUAGGUCCUCCUCCUUUCUUGUAGAUCCUACAUAUGAACCAACAGAAGGGGGAGCCCUCCCUUGAACCUGGUGGCAACCGAACGCUUGAUGGAAUACAGGACGGCCGACUCAGUGAGAAUAGACCUUUUAAAUUGUUGUGAAAUUCCGUCGUAUCUUAAGUGCCACUCUCUCACUUUUUUCAUCUCACCUUUCGCUAUAUUUGUUAACUACCCCGACCAAGAGGAGGUAAGCAAUAGACAAAGGAUGAUGCUGCUAUCGCCUCGUUUCUUCUGUACGGAUGGGUAGCACCUAGAUGUUUUGGAAGUGCUUUGAUAGAUGAGAGAAUGGCAAUUGGCUUGCCUUGGUAGUAGUGAGCUUGUAAAGGAGAAAGCAUGAUAGCUGUAGGAGUACUCUUAACAAUGGUUCUGCCUGAGGAAAGAUAAUCAUCCUUCCUAAUAGUCAUCUGCUGCUCUGAGAGAAAGCUUUCCUCAUCCUCAUCAUCGUCAUGGUAAAGUCAUCGUCUGUGAUGAAGAAAAAGAAUUGUAGAAACUAUUCAGUACUUACUGCUGUACUGAUUCGAUACAGAUCAACGAGUCAUUGGAUAUCAACUGAACUAAUAUGAUAGACAUACAAUCGCAUGUCUGUUUUUUAGCUAAAUCUUUUUCAUAAAUUAUUAAUGAAAUCAUGUGUACAUUAAUGUAAUUUGUUAUUGAGAUGAAGGAUGCAAAGAGAAUCAAAUUAACAAGUGUGACUUGUUUCUUUCCUAGUAGAAAUGUGUAGGUUUGAUACUGAAAUUGGUCUUGAGAAUAGUAGUGAAUUAAUCCUUCUGUGGUUUCCUUAUCUAUUUAUACCCUUUUUGAAACAGUGGGAAACGCAACAUUAAAGUUGUUUAUGCUGCUAUUACAGACUACAUGUGUAUUCAAUAUACAUGGCUUUAAUGACUUACCGGUACACUAUGUUAUUUAGGAAUAAAGUAAUUGUGAAAUUCCUGCAGUUCUUAAAUGACGUUGUUGUUCAGCAUAGAAUAUGUCCUAAUUGAAUAAAAAAUAGACAUCACCAAUGGCUGUUCAAAUGGUCUUAUGUAACUGUGUAACGCAAAGAAUUGGUUCAUUACAAUAUACGUAGCCUCUGAAACCAAAACGGUUUAAAAGGAAUGAGAGCAUGACAAGUCCUUUUAUUGGCAACAUGUUCAAAAUUCAAAAUCAACUCUAUCAAAUCUCUUAAAUUUUGAAGACUCCACAAAGUUUUCAACAAAGAAGAAAACAGUGAAGACAAAAAAAAAGAAAAAGAGAAGGAACACGCAAGUAUGUAAGCUACCGGUAAUAAAGCAGUGCACUAUCACUACUGUUGUAUAAUUUGAAGUACCACAUUCUUUUUAUGAUGCAUAUUAUUAAAUACUAAAUAAGCUUUGAUUUUAAAAAGGAUUUAACUUAUUUUUGGAGAUAGCAUCAGCAAAAAGUACACCAAACCAGAGAACAGAUGGCCAAUUCUAAGGUGUA